AUGAAGGUGAUAUCUAAUAUUUCAGGAGUUGAGUCAGUGUCUUUGGACAUGAAGGACCAGAAACUAACCUUAACCGGAGACAUAGAUCCUGUGCAAGUAGUGACAAAGUUGAGGAAGCUGUGUCUUCCUAAGAUAUUAUCUGUUGGACCAGCCAAGGAGCCUAAGAAAGAAGAGAAAAAGAAGGUUACUGAGGAGAAAAAGGAUCAAAGUAAGAACUCAACAGCAUCUGGGGUUGUGAAGGUUUGUGAAGCCUAUCAUUAUCCUAUGAUGGUGACACAACCACAAUACUAUUACACUAGUGUUGAAGAGAAUCCUAAUGCAUGUGUUAUCUGUUAA